CACAGCCGCUUGCCCGCGGUUCAACGACUGUAUUUCUGAGCCGAACGAACCACUGACGCAUAUCAUUAUACAUAUUAUAUAAAGUAAUAGCAGAUCUAAACGAUAGGCACCCGACAAGGAUCACCUUUAAUUCACCGUGAAAAGCCUUACAGCCUCUGACAGUGGCUGUUAUCGUCUGCGGAUCUUCAUCGUUCCGCCUGAAGGGCAAUUGGUCGCUACUAUAUUCACCCCUUGGCACAUCCAACUAUCAGCGAAUCACCUCUGGAGAACAUACUUCCGAGAGCUAUGCCACUAGCUGAUAAUACGCACAUGAGUAUACGAAUAAUAAUGGAGGCUAAAUCGGUGCUGCCCCAAAUACUUGAUUUCUUGAGCCGCCAGCCAAGCCUCAGCGCCGAUGUGGAUCAAAUGUGCAAAGCCCUCAAAAACGUAUUGUUGGCCAAGCACAUCGCUGCAUUCGGGAGCACUGAGAAAGCCGUGCACUUUGCAAUAGACUUGGGCGUAAAUCUGGGCAUCUUCUCGGUGACGGAAGAGAAGCUACCUUUUCUUCCGUUCAAAUUGCGCAGGAGCAACCCCGUGGACAAGAAGACCCCAACAUCUACUCUCUACAAGAACAUACAAGUGACGCUGGCCAAAUCUAAGCCCCGGGCGAAAGCGACCAAAGCCAAACCCCGCGCAAAGGCGACCAAAGCCAAGCUACUGGCGAGGGCGUGCCAAGCCAAAGCCAAAGCCCGGGCGAAGGCGUCAAAAGCCAAACCCAGGCCCCGGGGAGCCGCCAAAGGCAAGCGACAAAUGGGUUAACUAGGCGAUGUCAACUGCUAUAGCUCACACACUUGGACUAAUUACCAGGGCAUGGGCACGGGCACGGGCACUCACUCACUCACUCACGGAUACACCUGUCCUGGUCAGCGUCGCAAUUUAUAUUUGAUUUGGUUGGAGUUAGAGGCAGCGACAGCGGCAGAGGGAACAAAAUUUUAGCAUGAAAAUGAAUUAUUCAGGGGGCUGGCUGGCGAUUGGCGGUGGCGAUUCUGGCGCAGUCAUUAUGAAAUCGGGU